AUGUCGCUUGACUUUGGACUGACUGGCGUGCACGUCUUGAUAACCGGAGCUGCGGGCGGUAUUGGUCUCGAACUUGUCAAGACGUUUCGACUGUUAGGAGCAAGAGUAAGCGCCCACUACAACUCGAAACUCGGCGAGCUCGCAGAUAUACCAGGCCUCGUAACUCUCCAGGCAGAUGUCCGGGAUGAAGCGGCAGUUAACAAGCUAUUCGAGCAGGCUGCCGAGAAGAAUGGCGGUCCCGUGUCGGUGCUUGUCUGCAAUCACGGCAUCUGGCCAGCGAACAAUACUCACAUAGUGGACAUGGACUUGAGCCAGUGGAAGAACACGCUGGACGUCGAUCUGACGGGGCCAUUCCUGCUGUGCAAGGCAUACCUGCGGGCAUUGCGCUCCGCACCAGAUGAGACCAAGGCGGUGGCGAGUAUCAUAUUCAUUGGCUCAACAGCUGGCAAGUUUGGCGAAGCGAAUCAUGGCGACUACGCUGCUUGUAAAGCGGGAUUCAUGUACGGCAUGGUGCCGACGCUGAAGAACGAGAUUGUGGAGAUAGCACCACGGGCGAGAGUGAACAGCGUCAACCCAGGCUGGGUGGCCACUCCUCUCGCUGAGGGGACCUUGAAAGACAAGGCGGUAGUUGAACGGGCUUUGGCAACUGUCCCACUCCAAAAGGUGGCCCUGCCUGAAGAUGUUGCAAGGCAAGUAGCAGUACUGUCCUCGCCACGCUUAAGCGGACACGUCAACGGCGUGAACUUGCAAGUCGAUGGAGGCAUGGAAGGCAGACUUCUUUUCCCACCAAGUCUGAAGUAG